CUCAUUCCUUGUUACAUUUUAGUCAACAUGGAAACCAUGUCCACAACACCUUUCACUGUGAAGGCUCUUGAGCAAUGCAAAAUCAAAUCCCCUCCCAACACAGUUCCAAAUACCUCAAUCCUUCCCCUAACCUUCUUUGAUCUUCCUUGGCUUUUCUUCUCUCCAACUCAACCCUUGUUUUUCUAUGAACUCCCUCACUCACCCUCUCAUUUCACAACCACAAUAGUCCCAAAACUAAAGAAAUCUCUCUCUUUCACGCUUCAACAUUACUACCCUUAUGCUGGUAGAUUUGUACCCUCUUCUGAUCUCAUCACCAAACCCCAUAUCACUUACACUGAUGACAUGUCAGUUGAAUUCACAAUCUCUGAGUCAAAUGGAGACUUCAAACAGUUUUGUAGCAAUCACCCUAGAGAUGCCAAAGAUUUUCACUUACUUGUGCCAAAAUUGGCAUCAAGCAUUUCAUCAAGUGAAGUCAAAGAGUUUCCUUUACUAGCUAUUCAAGUAACACUGUUCCCAAAUGUUGGUAUUUGCAUUGGCCUUGCUUGUCACACUGUUGUUGCUGAUGGGAGGACCUUCCACAAUUUCAUGAAGACAUGGGCCUCACAUUGCACCUUUGGAUCAGCUUCAGCAUUUCCAACGAACUCACUUCCAUUAUGUGAUCGAAGUGUGAUUGUUAAUGAAAAGGGUCUUGAAGAGGUUUUCUUGGAAGAAUGGACAAAGAGAAGACUAGAGAAGAACAUUGCCAUAGGUAGAGAAGCUAACUUGGUAGAUCUAUCAAGUAUGGUUAGAGCCACUUUCUCAAUGAGUAUCACUCAAAUGGAGAAAAUGAAGCUCUUGAUUAUUAACUAUUGCAAAGAAAAGAACAAGCCUCGGCUUGAGCCUGUUCGUUUAACAUCUUAUGUGUUAAUUUGUGCAUUUGUGUGGGUUUGUUUGGUCAAAACCCAUCAAAGUGUGAAUGAAAAAGCGAACCAUGAAGACCCCACUUACUUUGGAUUCAUUGCUGGUGGCAUGACUAGAUUGGAUUAUCCAGUUCAACAGACAUAUUUGGGUAACUGUGUUGGCUUUUACAGGGCAUCUGAAAGAAGAGAAGAGCUACUUGGAGAAAAUGGGAUAGUGGUUGCAGCUAUAGCAAUUGUAAGCGUGGUUAAGAAGCUUGAUGCAUUAUAUUUUGAUGGGGCUGAUAAAUGGAUUUUGGAUUGGGAGGUGUUGCAUGGCUCAGAGCAACAUGUACAUGCUGUUUGGUCUCCGAAAUUGAAGUUUUAUGAGUUGGAUUUUGGGUGGGGAAGGCCCAAAAAGAUAGAGGAGGUAUCAAUUGAUCAUACAAGAGCUGUUUCAGUUAUACAUAGUAGAGAGUUUGAGGGUGAAAUUGAGAUAGGCUUGGCUUUACCCAAGAGUAAGAUGGAUGUUUUCUCUAGUUUAUUUACUCAAGGACUUAGUGCUUUGCUUUGAUCAAUGAAUGUGGCUUAUGUGCUUUGCUUUGAUGAAUGAAUGUGGCUUAUGAUAUAAUCAACAAAUCAUUUGGUGAAUUUUUUACACAAUUAAACUUAUUUAUUGUAACAGCUCAGAAUUUGGUCCGCAGAAAGUUGAAUAUGAAUU